UAACACAUUACUGCCGCUCGGUGUGGUCCUAGAGAGUCCUACUGAACGAUACGCAACAUACCAACCGCCCUCAUACGAACCGUCACGACGAUACGAGCGCACACCCCCUUAUAUCCGCCUACCAUGACACGCAGAAUAGUAUACGGGAUCUCGCUCUGGGUCUUCCUGGGCUCAGUAGGCUGCACGAUCGCCUCAAUCGCCCUGCCCAACUGGAUCAGCUACUACUCGCCGGUGGAAGGCAGUGAACCGAUUCGUAUCACGCUUGGCCUCCACAAAAGAUGCAGCUCGAUUACAGGCCGAUGCAGUCCCUUUCCACAAUAUGACGACUGCCGCGGCGACGACAGGUCGUUCUGCUCGAUAUGGCGCAGUACGGGAUUUUUCAUGAACUUCUCGGUCGUCCUGCUGCUGGCGUGUGUCGUGGCAUACAUUACCAUCUUGGUGGGAGGACGAGGCACGAGAGAAGUGGGCUGGAGAUUGUUGUGCCCUUUACUGGCUGUGGUCGCUUUGACGCAGCUGAUUGCAAUGUCGCUUGUGGCAGGAGUUUACGAGCACGAUGCCCGCUUCUUUGUCGGCUGGGUGUUGGACAAAUCCUUUAUUCUGUGCACCGUGAGCUGGGUUGCUCUGCUCAUUAAUGCUGCGAGCGUGCUUGGGGCCUCCUUCUGCUUGGUUCCUGAAGACGACUAUGAAGAGAUUCGGUAGUGCAGCUUUGGAGAGAAUUGGCGACAGAGAACACCAGAACAGUGGAUUGCAGGAGGACAAAGAGAUAAUCACGACCAGCGACGUAGGAUUCAGCGAGAGCGGUACUGCUGCGAGCACUGCAACAGUGAGGAAGGCUACAGUCGCGCCCACGACGCGUCUACAGCAGCAGAAGAAUUUUUGACUGAUACCCGGGCAUAACAGCAUACUACAGCAUGAAAUCUCAUGACACAUCGAAAUCAU